AAGCAAAAAUCUGUUCUGAAGCGUGGAAAGAAGUUUUCCCUUUAUCAAACAUACACAACGCAGAGCUUGUUGUGUAAUAAAACUUAUCGAACCUGUUUCCUGGCUUCGGAGAUCUCCUCAAUAUGUGUCAAAUAUAAACAUUGAAAACGAAACAGUUAAAAGGUUCUGAAUUGAAAAUUGCCUUAAUUAAAGAUGUGGAACAAGAAAUUAUUUUUCCAUGGUUAUAUUGCCGUCUGACGCAAGCAGGCUGCAUUUUCAGUUUUUUAUUUUUAUUUUUCUUCCUAAGUGUUUAAGUAUGGCACUACACAGUUAAACAAUUUGUGAAUAUAUAAAUAUUUUCUUGGUGAUUUAGCUCUGUUUACUUAAAUCUGCAUCAACACGAAACUAGCAAUGCGAUGAUAAUGCCCCAAUCUUAAGGCGGUAAUACAGAGUAAGAAUAUCUGUCUUAAAAGCUUGGAGGGGGGAUUUGGACUUCGCAUAAUAUAAUUAACAUGUUCUUUUAUUUAACUCUUCAAUUGGAUACCGGUUCGACUCACACGCGUGAUGUCGCUUACAAGUAUCCAAUUAAAUCUGGUUUAAAUUACAUUGUUAGGCAUAAUCACCCAAUUCUAAAAAAUGUUUCUUACGCCAUUUUUACUUUCAUAUAUCGUUUUAACCAAACGUAGUUGAAUCUAUAUUGUGAAAAAACACUUUCUCUUGAAGUUUUACAGCAAUGUUUUAAAGUCUAAGUAAAACGUGAAGAUGCAACGUUAUAACUCCUAUAUAUAUAUUUUAAGAGUUUAAGGUAAAAUGAUAAUGAAAAAGAAGCUCGCCAGAAAUACGCGUUUCAGAAAAUGGACUAAGUUCAAAGUGAAUGAUUUAGGAAAUGGACAAAUCAUUUCAACCCGUUUCUUAAACUGCUUUUAUGGCUAUUGUAUUUUUAAGGAUUUUCUCUAUUGAUGAUUAGUAUCAAAAGAAAAACAUAUUAAACGGAUUUUCAUAUCAUUUCAGCUCACACGCUUUUUUCAAUCCGGUACGAGGAAUAAAGUAAGCUGUAAGCUAGAAUUAUCCAGUAUAUUAAAAGCAAGCACAUAAGCGAAACAAGUCAACUAUCAAUAAAGAAACGCAGAGCUAUAAGCGAUAAGCAGAGAGCUGGCCGCUCUAAACUAUACUCAAUACUAUCAAUAAAGCAUAUUUUUCUUGCUAAAUCUUGUAAAGGUAAUUAGCAUAUUUUAUGGCCGUUUUAGCCAUCCGCUUAGGAGAACAUGCCCGCCACUAUAUGGGGAUUGUGUUGCUUUUUUUGCAUCUAUCAAUUGCCAUGAUGAACUUAAUUAUGGUUGGACUAGGCAUCGGGUUAGCUGUUCUAUUUUCUCAACAAAAAGCUAUUUUAAACAAUUUCAAUUACAAAAAACAUACACACUUCAUCAUAUUUUCAAGUAUAAUAUUGAUUAUUAUCCAUUUGAUUGGAGCGAAAUUGUUCCACGAUUGUUCCAGUGUAAUAACGCGAUUGCGAAUUUUGAAUUAUGUGGUGCCUUAUAUUGGGGUCCUGUUUGGAGCUUUUGUUUUAACUAUGGCUUUAAGUAUUUCUUGUUCCGCAGCUGUACGUUCUUUACAGAAAGGCCACGAAAAGGGAUUCAAAGAUUUAAUGGGGAAGUAUGACGUGGAUGGGAACGCUAGGAAAGAAAUUGAUAUGAUGCAAAUUUCCAACAAGUGUUGUGGAAGUACAAGUUACCAAGAUUGGAUCGAGAUAUCAUGGCAUUCCGAUGAAUACAUUCGCCCAGAGUUACAGUCCAUGAAAGGUAGAGGCGUUCCAUUCACCUGCUGCGAUCCUGCAUACACGGGACCCUGUCUUCACGAUUCUGGUGAACACAAGCGUCCAGGAUAUAACACUGUAGAAAAGGGUCAAGCGUUCUAUUCCAGCGGUUGUAGCGAAAUCGCCUCUGCAACUUUGCGAUUGAUGCUAUCGAAUCUUGCUAUAUGGAUUCUUCUUCCUGCUUGGUUAGAAGUAGUGGCCAUGGUUGUAGCCAAGUAUCUGCAUAGUUCUGCUCAAAAUGCUAUGGACUCUGGUGACGAGAGCGGUAAAGGGUUUGGCUUUCUGAUGGAUAGUUGCCCAAUCUCUUGUCUGAGCUUUUUGGAUUGCGAUAUUUAUGGAAUGCAGAUGAAGCAGAAGUUGGCCACGACAGCUAAAACUAAGGUUAAGAAGGCAAAGAAAAAGAAAAAAACUAAGAAGUGAAAUUUCGCUCCAACUGAGGGACUAGGACGUUAUUUCAGAGCGAUCAUUAAGAAAAAAUUAACGCAAUUAAAGAAAUUAGCUAAAAUUUGUUUUCAUUGAAUAACAAUAAUUACAGCGUUUAAUAUUACAGAAAUAAACGUUGAUAAACUUUUUCUUCUCUUAAAACAUGUACUUUUUUCUUUGUACCUUUAAUCAAUACAAAAAUAUUUUUAGCGCUAAUCUUUAGUUCAUAGUGUGCAUUUUUGUUGAUUGGUUAAUAUUAAAG